AUGUGUCUACCAAUUCCACACCUUGUCGGCAAGGUCGACGUGGAGGAGCGUCGACCAAAAUCCUGGAACGAACCACGACGCAAGCGCUUGAAUUUUGUCAAGGAUCACCACGAUCGACGUAGUGACGAGUGGGCCUUGGCCCAGAAAUCAGCACCGAAUCAGCAACCUCGCAAUGAGCAAGAACGGUGGGAUCUCCGCCAGUGGGAAGCCCAAAACCGUUUCCAGCGUACACAGUUGCAGUUCGAUCAGCAUCGACGUGUGCAGCAGAUGCAGCAAGCUCAGCAAAUGCAGCAGCUGUACGGCCCAAGGCAGCCCAUGCAUCCACACCAAGGGCAACAACGGCAGAUGCCACUCGGGCAACAUGCGCAUCAUGAUAGCGACGACCAGAUCGUUGAGAUUAUGUCCAGUAGCGACUCCGAUAGUGACUCCGAUCACCCCGGCAAUCAUGACAGACGCAAGCGGACCAAGGUGAUUGAGAUGAAGCCAAAGAAACAUCAUGGUAAGAUGCCGAAGCAGAUCAAGAUGGCCAAGACGAAAAAGAAUCACUGGGCCGACGAUACCGAUAGCGAUGACAGUCACGAGGCGGCGUUCCGUAGAUUGAGCAGGUCCCGGAGCAGAGCACGCUCAGGUCAUAGGAGCCGAAGCCGCCCCAGAGUUUUAUGGCAACAAAGCGAUUCGGAUGAAAGCUCCGUCGUCUUUGUGAAAAACCUUGGUGGAAAACAUAGAGGACGGCGGUAA